AUGUUCAAUCUCCAAAAUCGAAUCAACGGCAACGACGAUGAUCGUCAGUACCUGGAGACGCGUAUAGCCGUUCGUGACAAGCUUCUCGCUCAAGAAAUGAAGGAUCUCGAGAGCAGUCUUCGCAACCAAAACCAGAAGCUCUGGAAUCUCCACGUCCCUUCUACAUCGAAACUCCACGAACUGGACCUGACCGUCACCCCACAGGAGGGAAUAUACAAGGGCGGAAAGUUCCUUUUUAAGAUCAACGUGCCACCAGAGUACAACAACAUGCCACCGGUGUGUAAGUGCGUGACGAAGGUUUGGCACCCGAAUAUCAACGAGGACGGCUCUAUCUGCUUGUCGAUUCUCCGUCAGAAUUCGUUGGAUCAAUUCGGAUGGCGACCAACGCGAAACCUUCUGGAGGUUGUCCACGGACUGGUCGCUUUGUUCACCGAUCUCAUCGAUUUCGACGAUGCCCUCAACAUCCAAGCCGCUCAACAGUACACCCAGAACAAGGAAGCCUUCAAGAACCGCGCUCGUGAAUACAUCCAAAGAUACUGCUAA